AUGUUGGUACCUAGCCGGAGGCGGGGCAGCUCCCGGAGAACUUGCAGCAUUCAUGUUUUGUUGCUGAUGGUUCUUCUGCUGACAGGCGUGCUCGCUAGCGGAAGUCGUGUAAGAUCCAGAAAGCAUAGAACAUCUCGCGGCACUACCGCAACUGGACGUUGGCAAUCGCGAGCGUCCAGCGAUGGCACAUCCAACACUAUCCAGGAUCUCGCCGCCAAGCCUGCACCCUUCUCCAAACCGGCCCAUUCCGGCACGCCCGGUGGGCCCAAGAAACGCUCCUACUACGUACCGACCGUCACCAAUCUGGAGAACAAUCUGCACCACUUCAUCAACAACCUCAAGACGGGCAUCGGUUCAUCGAAGCUGGCUCAUGCGGUGAACGGUGUAACGGGCGCCAUUCAGCAGGCCGUCUCCAUGCCCGGCCACGGGCCAAUCAACCUGCUCGGUAGUCACCGACCGGUGGCCGGCAUACACAAUGCCGCCGGUUACUACUCCAACGCUAACGAGCUGCGGUACGGUCAACCGUUCACCAAGCAAUCGGGAAGCCACUUCAAAACGGCCCCGGUCACUUACAGCAAGAAACCCGCCCAGGGUGCGAAACGUGGGCGACACUCGUCGACGGCGUCACCGCCCGGGAAGUACGACUCGCUGAUGUCUGAUCUGGGCAUCUCGGGCUACAAACACUUCGAGAAUGCCGUCAUCCGGGAUUUGGAGCGGCGCGAAGAGCUCAAGGUGGAAGCCACCAUCCACACGCUGUUCCCGGAUGCGGCCGAUGACGAUUGGCGGCCGAUCGCUUCUAUCAAGAAAACACCGCUCUCGGCCGGUGUGUUGCGCGGUACUGCGCCGGAACUUUCCGAGUCCAAGAUCGUUCCUUCCCUAGCGGUUGUUCCGGCCGAGAAGCGCCCACUAGAGCAGCCGGUGCGUACCACGAAACCGAAACCAACCGGUACGGGCGUAAGCUCGGCUGGCCGGUACGGUUUGACCAGUAGUACCUCCGUCAGUCCAAAGUCUACAGCAGCGCCACAACAGAAGCAUCGCUCCAAGCCCGCUUCAGUGGGCAAGGAAAAACGGACGAAGGAACGUGUGAAAUGUUGGAACUGUGUCACGUCCACGUCUACCACGGUUGCCGCACGUCAACCAUCGUCCGUGACGUAUCCGACCACACCGAAACUUCCCGCAGCUAGCACUCAGUCACAACGGUUCGGUCCGACGUACGAUGCGACAAUGUUCUACGGCAACAAUGGUAAGGCACCGGCAGCCGUAGCACAGUCGUACAGCAAUGUGGAGAUCCAGUACAAUCGCACGCACGCACCACCGUUUGCCGUUAGCCCUUGGCCGCAGAUUGCUACCGGUGGACCGGAAGAGGUUAGCACCCAGCCCGCCCCACCCGUUACCACCUUUACCGCACUGUCCGACCCAACCGCCAGCGUUGGUGGUAGCAGCCUGGCAAGCUUCUACGGUGCCGGUGGGCUGAAGAAGAGCUACACGAAGGCUCCCAAACCGUACGUGCCGGCAACGGCCUAUCUGGGACAGGGCGAUGCCACGGUUACUUCGACCACCACUCACAAACCGACUGGCGGAUCGCAAGGGACGAAGGGUACGACCAAGAAACGAACAAACCACCAUCGGCCGGAAGGCCCGUCCGCGACCAGCCACCGCCGUGCGGUAGAGACCUUCGGCGACAGUGUCGUUGCCGGAUCGAGCAAGAAGGAACUGCGGGCGAAGAAAAAGUUCGACCCGAAGUACAGCCGCAACCGGGGCUCGAUAAAGUUUAAGGAUGCGCUCGAGAAAAACCCCGACCAGAUCUACCGGUAG